AUGCUGUGGUGGGGCAGCCAGGCGCUACGGCACUUCUCCACCAGCCGGGUUUAUUUAAAAAACAAGCUGAAGUUGGCACUUAUUGGCCAGAGCCUGUUUGGACAGGAAGUCUAUAGCCACCUCCUGAAAGAAGGCCACCGAGUAGUGGGAGUGUUCACAGUGCCAGACAAAGAUGGAAAGGCUGAUCCACUGGCUUUGGCCGCAGAGAAAGAUGGGACCCCUGUGUUCAAGUUCCCUCGAUGGAGAGUCAAGGGUAAAACCAUCAAGGAGGUAGCAGAAGCCUACCAGUCGGUGGGUGCUGAGCUCAACGUGCUUCCCUUCUGCACACAGUUCAUCCCCAUGGAUGUCAUCGACAGCCCAAAGCACGGCUCCAUCAUCUACCAUCCCUCACUCCUACCCAGGCACAGAGGAGCUUCUGCCAUCAACUGGACUCUAAUCAUGGGAGAUAAGAAAGCUGGCUUUUCUGUUUUCUGGGCAGAUGAUGGUUUAGAUACAGGACCCAUCCUUCUUCAGAGAUCAUGUAACAUCAAACCCAAUGACACAGUGGACACGCUUUAUAACCGGUUCCUUUUUCCUGAGGGGAUAAAGGCCAUGGUAGAAGCUGUCCAACUCAUAGCUGAUGGAAAAGCACCUCGCACUCCCCAGCCAGAAGAGGGUGCAACAUAUGAAGGCAUCCAGAAGAAGGAGAACGCAGAGAUUUCUUGGGACCAGCCUGCUGAAGUUUUGCAUAACUGGAUUCGAGGUCAUGAUAAGGUCCCUGGAGCCUGGGCAGAGAUAAAUGGACAGAUGGUGACUUUCUACAGCUCAUCCCUCUUGACAAGUUCUAUGCCUGCUGGAGAACCACUGGACAUUAGAGGUGCAAAGAAGCCUGGUCUUGUCACCAAAAACGGCCUUGUUCUUUUUGGGAAUGAUGGAAAAGCACUGAUGGUGAAAAACCUUCAGUUUGAGGACGGGAAGAUGAUUCCUGCCUCCCAGUACUUUUCCUCGGGGGAGACAUCAAUGGUAGAACUUACGGAGGAGGAGCUGAAGGUAGCAGAGACCAUUAAGGUCAUCUGGGCUCGAAUUUUAAGCAACGUUGCUAUGAUCGAGGACUCCACAGACUUCUUUAAAUCUGGAGCGAGCUCAAUGGAUGUUGUGAGGCUGGUGGAAGAGGUCAGACAGAAGUGUGGUGGGCUUCAGCUGCAGAAUGAAGAUGUCUACAUGGCCACCAAGUUUGGAGAUUUCAUCCAAAAGGUCGUGCGGAGGCUGAGAGGAGAGGACCAGGAGGCAGAGCCGGUGGUGGACUAUGUUUCCAAGGAGGUGAACGAGAUGACAGUGAAAAUCCCCUACCAGUGUUUCAUAAAUGGAGAGUUUGUGGAUGCCGAGGAUGGAGAGACUUACGACACCAUCAACCCCACAGACGGAACUACAAUAUGCAGAGUGUCCUACGCUUCUUUAGCGGAUGUUGACAGGGCAGUAGCCGCAGCCAAGGAUGCCUUUGAGAACGGCGAGUGGGGAAGGAUGAAUGCCAGAGACAGAGGAAGACUCAUGUACAGACUUGCUGAUCUAAUGGAAGAAAACCAGGAGGAGCUGGCAACCAUAGAAACACUGGAUUCUGGGGCUGUCUACACCCUGGCCCUGAAGACUCAUAUUGGAAUGUCUGUGCAGACAUUCAGAUACUUCGCAGGCUGGUGUGACAAAAUUCAGGGCUCUACAAUUCCAAUCAACCAAGCCCGACCAAAUUACAACCUGACCUUUACCAAGAAGGAGCCACUUGGCGCCUGCGCCAUUAUCAUCCCCUGGAACUACCCACUGAUGAUGCUGGCCUGGAAGAGUGCAGCAUGCCUGGCAGCAGGCAACAGUCUGGUGCUCAAGCCUGCGCAGGUCACACCCUUGACGGCUCUGAAGUUUGCAGAGUUGACCAUGAAAGCUGGAUUUCCAAAGGGGGUAAUCAACAUCAUUCCGGGCUCAGGGGGUGUGGCAGGACAGCGGCUCUCUCAGCACCCGGACAUCCGCAAGCUUGGCUUUACCGGCUCCACAUCUGUGGGCAAACAGAUCAUGAAAAGUUGUGCUGUGAGCAACCUGAAGAAAGUUUCCCUUGAGCUUGGUGGCAAAUCUCCACUGAUAAUCUUCAGUGACUGUGACCUUGGCAAGGCUGUACGGAUGCCGGUAUCCGUGUUUCCUUGGGUGAGAGUGGAGACCCCCUCUUCGGGGGUCCCUUACAUUUGGUUCCCUGACCGGGAACUUGGGUGA